AUGUCCAUUUCGCUCCCUAACGGUACCCUGCUCGCUGCUCCUUCGUCCUCUCAGCCCCCAAUCUCAGCUGCCGUUACCCGCAUCCUGCAUCUCGCCAAUUUCUCUCCGGAGUUGAAGACCCGCGACAUUCAGAACAUCUUCAAAGAGUGGGAGACUGAGAAAGGAGGGUUCCGUAUCAAGUGGCGCGACGAUGUCAACGCCAUGGUUGUCUUCGUUGACGCUAACGUCGCCAAGCGUGCGUAUCUCAGCUUGAUUCUCAACCCUCCCCCCUCGAUGCCCUCGCCUGCUACGAUCAGGCCUUACGACGGCCCGGACGCUGCGCAGAUCAUCCAGUCGUUGGCGGCCCGAGCUAUGGGGCACCGUGCUUCGAUGUCUUCCGCCAUGCCCUCUGGGUCGAUCAGUGGCAUGAUGCGUGACGAUGGCCGCGGCCCUAACAGUGGGGGAAUCAACUCUUUCAAAAUGCCCCUCAACCCUGCAUUCUCGUUCGGUGGUUCGGCCUCGUCAGGACAAGGUCGCAACGGGCAUGCCCAGCGCAUGUCAUACUCCCACCAUCGCGCCAACUCGGCUUCCUCCAACUGGAACCGCCAGUCACUCUCUGGUGCCCUCGGGUUCGCCGGUCCCUCUCUUGGUGCUACGCGCCUCCCCACACACUCUGAGGGCUCGUCUGGCGACAUUUCCAGGACAGCGUCCAUGUCUGGCAACGAGGAGCCUUACCGCCAACGCGGUCACGGCGGUAAGGGGAGGAGGGAGAGUGUUAGCGCUGAGAAAGCGCUGCGCGAGGUCGAGCUCGCUCUGCAGAGUGUCGAGACCAAGGGCUAA